UAUCAGUCUUCCAGCCCAGCCCCUGCCUACAGACAUAAAUAGGCCAGGGGAGAUGAGCUGGGCACUCACUCCGGGACUGUUGGAGAGCUCCAGGGAGGUCACCCACACCCUUGAAGAUGAAAGCUGUGGUGCUGGCCGUGGCUGUGCUCUUCCUGACAGGGAGCCAGGCUCGGCACUUCUGGCAGCAAGAUGAGCCCCCCCAGAGCUCUUGGGACAGAGUGAAGGAUUUCGCCACUGUGUAUGUGGAUGCGGUCAAAGACACCGGCAGAGACUAUGUGUCCCAGUUUGAAACCUCCGCCUUGGGCAAACAGCUGAACCUGAAUCUCCUGGAGAACUGGGACACCCUGGGCUCAUCCGUUGGUCGCCUGCAGGAACAGCUGGGCCCGGUGACUCAGGAGUUCUGGGAUAACCUGGAAAAGGAAACCGAUUGGCUGAGGCAGGAGAUGAACAAGGACCUGGAGGAGGUGAAGACAAAGGUGCAGCCCUAUCUGGACGAAUUCCAGAGCAAGUGGCAGGAGGAGGUGGCUCGCUACCGCCAGAAAGUGGAGCCUCUGGGCGCCGAGCUGCAUGAGGGCGCGCGCCAGAAGCUGCAGGAGCUGCAGGAGAAGCUGGCCCCUGUGGGCGAGGAUCUUCGUGACCGCAUGCGCCAGCACGUUGACAUUCUGCGCACAAAGUUGGCGCCCUACAGCGACAAGAUAAGCGACCGCCUGGCUGAGCACCUGGCCCGACUCAAGGACAGCGCCACCCUCGCAGAGUACCACACCAAGGCCACCGAACACCUGAAGACGUUCAGCGAGAAGGCCAAACCUGCUCUGGAGGACCUGCGCCAGGGCGUGAUGCCCGUGCUGGAGAGCUUCAGGGUCAGAUUAAUGAAUAUGAUCGACCAAGCCAGCAAGAAGCUGAGCGCCCAGUGAGGAGCCCACCUCCGCUCCCCACCCCUGCAUUAGCUUUCUUAGAAUAAAUCUUUCCAAAAUGG